AUGGCUGAACCCCAAGGCGACAUGAAGGAGAAGCCGGCAGUCAGAAUUCAGAGCCCCAAAGAAAAUGACUUCACUGAAGUUGAACUGAACACAGGAGAGCUGAGUUCUCAAAAUCUACUAAAAGCGACUUGCUGUGAACUGGCGAUUAAGCCAGAGCAAGUGAAGACCAGAAAGGCACCAAAAACACCGCUCAGAAAGGCAGGGUUUCCAAGACAAAGAUAUAUUCUAAGACUACCGGACUUUCAGGAAAUAAGACUCACUUUAAUGAAAACGAGCUCUGAAUUGGUAGAACACACACCAACCCUACAGAAGCCUGCUUACAACAGCCACGCUGCAAACCUGACCUAUUAG